AGCAGGUAGGCAGGCAAGGGGACGGAAUUGAGUAGUCUAGGCUGGGGAAGGAGUCAGAUAAGACCAAAAGGGGUCCAGGGACUUGAGGCUAGAAAGGUGAGGACGUGGGAGAGGUGAGAGAGAGGUGGCUGUGCUCAAAUACGGCAGCUCUGAAUAAUGGAAGCAGAGCCAUUUCAAGCGAUAAAGCUACAAAUGAGCUCCUGGGGAAUGAUGGAGUCGAAGGACACAGGAAUUGAGGGCAGCUGCGAGGGACUGAAGUUAAAUGACACAAAUGUUGACAUUAAAAGAAGCCUAGUAUAGUGGAAACAAGUCUAGGCUGGGUUCUGGAGACCUGGGUUCUACUUGCAGUUCUACUAACUGUGCCCACUUUGGGGGAGUGACUGCCCUUCUCUGGGGUGGAAUCAGAAGACUUCUCAGGGCCGUUUCUGCUCUAGACGGUAAGGAUUUGGGGAUAAUAGGAAGGGACGUGUUGACGAGGACGAUCCCUCCGUUGGGCAGCCCUUCUCCCCAGAGGAGCCCGGAACCUUUCUGCUGUGCUUUCUGCCCGGACGUGCAGGAGAGGAGACCGGAAGUCCUUUGCCGGCGGGUUCCGGGUUUCCUGGGCUACUACGAUGGCGAUGAGUUUCGAGUGGCCGUGGCAGUAUCGCUUCCCGCCCUUCUUUACGUUGCAGCCGAACGUGGACACUCGGCAGAAGCAGCUGGCCGCCUGGUGCUCGCUAGUUCUGUCCUUCUGUCGCCUGCACAAACAGUCCAGCAUGACGGUGAUGGAAGCUCAGGAGAGCCCGCUCUUCAACAACGUGAAGCUACAGCGGAAGCUGCCCGUGGAAUCAAUCCAGGUUGUAUUAGAAGAACUGAGGAAGAAAGGGAACCUCGAGUGGUUGGAUAAAAACAAGUCUAGCUUCCUGAUCAUGUGGCGGAGGCCAGAAGAAUGGGGGAAGCUCAUCUAUCAGUGGGUUUCCAGGAGUGGCCAGAAUAACUCCGUGUUCACCUUGUACGAACUGACCAAUGGGGAAGACACAGAGGAUGAGGAGUUCCACGGGCUGGAUGAGGCAACCCUACUGCGGGCUCUGCAGGCCCUACAGCAGGAGCACAAGGCCGAGAUCAUCACUGUCAGCGAUGGCCGAGGUGUCAAGUUCUUCUAGCAGAAACCUGUCUCCCUUUACUUCUUACCUCCUACCCUUCCAGGGCUUUCAAAGGGAGACAGACCAAGUGUCCCCACAGAUUGGAUCCGUGACUCCACCAGACUCCAAAGGGCUGCAGUCCAGGGGUGGGUUUCCCACUUAUCCCAUGUGUCUGUCCCUGGGAUAGGGUGAGGCUGAGGUGCCAGGGAGAAAAGAUGUGCUGCUCCCUGCCUCACCUCCUCUCGUGAGCUGGGGUGUAAACCUAAACACAAACUUCAUUUGUGUCACACACGUAAGUACAUACACACAUGCACCUGCACAAGCUUCUGUUUCUUCCCCCUCCCACCCCUUUAGCUGCUGCUGCCUCCUCUCUCAUGCUGCUGGUGCUGGAUCUUUCCUAGGGGAUGGGCGAAGCCCUGGCUGCAGGCAGCCUUUCAGGCAAUGUGAAGAUAGGAGGCCCAGGAAGGGGCCUGGCAAUGAGAGGUGGGGCCGGACACUGAUUUAUGAUAUUAAAAAGCUUAACCCUA